UAGGCUUAUCUUUGAAGCCAAGGUGUUUCGAAUUGAAUUUCGAAAGCCUGGAAACAGUUUAAUGUUUUGAUUUGUUCACGCUCAUCUCUUAUUUUCGUUCAAAUCGCGUACGCCUUCUGUUUGAAGCCGUUUUGAACUAGGAACAACACCAACCAUGAGUUUUGGAGGUUCAGCAUUCAAAAACGGCACAAUGCCUGAAAUCAAGCAGGAACCAAUCGAAGCUGAUAUUAAAGUGGAAAUUGAUUCUGACGAUGAUUGCAACAUGAUGUUGGGGCCCAGUGUGUUAGGUCUCCUUCGUGUGGGAGAGUCCCCUGUCCAAAGCCCCCAGAAAAAUCCAGUGGUUUUGAAUCGUAGAGGAAUACCUGCAAGAAUCCGUAAGAAAAACAGGUUGUUUUAUGACGAUGACAUCGUAAACACACUUUCAAAACCGUCUCCGAAGAGAGCUACUGUACCACGGUCUCCUAAGAAACCAGAAAAAAAGGCUCCCAAACCUAAGGAAACACCGGCUCCCCGUCACCAGGAACCACCACCACCUCCUCCUCCUCCCCCUGUCCAACCAGCAUCAACACCAAAGGCUUCAGUUAGCAAAGCUAUACCUGAACCUGCUGAAACCCAAACCUCACCAGAUAGGCGUCUUGGUCAGAAAAUUGGAAUGCGCUUAAGAAACUUGCUUAAGCUUCCUAAAGCCCACAAGUGGGUUUGUUACGAAUGGUUUUACAGCAACAUUGACAAGACCUUGUUUGAAGGGGAUAAUGAUUUUAUGGUUUGUCUGCGAGAGUCAUUUCCACAACUUCGUACUCGCAAAUUAACUCGAGUAGAAUGGUGUCAAAUGAGACGUAUGAUGGGAAAACCAAGGAGAUGCUCUGUUGCCUUCUUUGAAGAAGAGAGACGUGAACUUGAGCAAAAGCGUACUAAAAUAAGGCUUCUGCAGCAACGAAAAUUGACUGACCUCUCUUCAUGCCGGGACCUUCCUGACGAAAUACCAUUACAGUUGGUAAUAGGUACAAGAGUCACAGCACGCCUACGUAAACCUCAAGAUGGUCUCUUCACAGGCUCCAUUGAUGCUGUUGACACUUCCAACAAUACGUACCGAAUAACCUUUGAGAGGCCUGGACUAGGUACUCAUUCGGUGCCAGAUUAUGAGGUGUUGUCCACUGAAGCUCCAGAGACCAUUUCUCUGAGCAGUUUCGCUUCUAAGUUCAGACCACGUCCAUCCCUUCAAACCAGUACUCCAAUGAGUGCCAACAUCAGCAGCAUUCUGAACUCUGGUCUGCUUGGAGGUGAUUCCAGCGGUCACCGCUCAGGCAUGAGUGGUCUUCCAGGGAAGCUGCUGGAUACUUUGGUCAGACUACAAAAGAUUUUGAACAUAAAGAAGGGAAAAAUAAAAGUUCUUAGGAACUUAAAUGCUGAUGCUGAGAGGAAAAAGUCCUUUGGAGAACCGAUAACUGAACUUUUCCAGAAACAAUAUGCUUCAGCAGUUAUUGAUUUAGAAAGACUGAAUGCUGAUCUUCAACGUUAUUUGACUUCAAUGCAGGCGUUAUGCUUCGAAAUUGCUCCAGAUCCCAAUACUGCCGCUCUGUUCACGCCAUCACAUCUGAGAGACAGAAGCCGAGAAGAUGCAAGGCAAAUGCUUGAUAAAUGCCGUGGCACAGUCCACAAUGAGAAAAUGUUUGACCUUAUCACUGACCUCACUGCUUUGAUGCUUCAAGUUAAGUCUGUCAAUGUUCAGAGUUUAUCAGAGGGGGACCAUAGCCCUUAUGAAUUGAAAGUUGUCCAAGGUUCAAUGGAACAAAUAAGGUCAAGACUUAGUCCAGCCAACCAACAACUUUUUCAGAACUGUGUGGAAAUCCAUUUGCAGCAUAUUCAGAUGGGCCUUGGACAAAGAGGUGCAUUCACCCCAUUUAUGAGUCAGCGAGCCUAGUGCAGGAUGUUGAUUUAAGGGGUAUUUGAACCAGGCAAAUUUUUAUGUAAUCUUACAUCUGCAUGCCAUGUACAUUGUCCAAAUUGUUUGCUGUGAGAUUCUUCUGGGUUGAGUCAAGACUUUCAUGAACCUCAUGAAACCUCAUGACAUGGUUGUCUGUGUGUUGUGCUAUAUUUUAUUUGCUGGGUUCAGUUGGAAAUUAUUCUUCUCAGAUGUUGUGUGGUGUUUGCUUUAUUUGUUGUUAGUCAUUAAAAGAAUAAUUUUAGGAUCAUUAGAAGUUAGUUGGAUCAUAUGUCAAGAGUGUCAUUGACUCUACAUGUUACUUGGGAAUGAUUUGUUUAAUUGUGUGUUGCAAUGCAAUUUUACUUAUGAUAUGUGUUCAUUAUCAUCAGCACACUGCACCUUGCAUAUGAACUGUUCAUUGAAAAUAUUUCUGAAAUUAUCUACUGUGAAUUACCUUCUUGUUAUGUUCUUCCCAAUUAUGUUGAUCAUCCAACAUAAAAUGUAUAAAAAUCUAUUGGGCUUCACUGUUUUUACUGGAUGUGUCCCAUGUCCUGUGGAAUUUUAUCUUCUACUCUCAUGGAAACCCUACCUUUCAGAUGUUGACUUCAAAAAGGCUGUGAAGCUGCAGGCUUAACAGAAUUUGUGGAAAAGGGACAUCAUUUUUCACAUUCUGUUUAGGAGCCUUUAUUGUAAAUCUUGUAUAGCAAAUGAAUAUUGUUAUUUAUUUAUUUUUAAUGAAUAUUUGAACAUUUUAUUACGCUGAUUUCUCAUGACAGGAGGUAAUUUGUUAACAGUAUUUGAACAAGUCUAAGUUGAAGUUUAUUGUAAUUACUAUAGAAAAUUUUGUACAUAAACAAUUUAUCAUGUGUUUUGGUUCAAAGAUAUUUUAGUUUGUUCUCUUAAGAUGAUUUAUUAAGGAGGCAAGCCAGAUUAACAUCAAACUUCAUGCAUUGCCAAGAAUUUUAUUCUUACUGCGUUACUAUAUAGACCUAUGCAUUAAACUAUUUGGGUGCUUCAUGUAUAUAUGGUAAGCUAUCUACGUACUCCCUUUUAAAACAAAUAAAAUAAUUCAGCAAACA